CAAGUAUCUCGUAGCCAUUUUAUUUCCUGGGGGGCACGAAAUUUAACAGCAAAAAAUUUAACUUUAAGCCAAAUUUUGGACAACAGGCCUAAAACAUGUCGCCAUUAUCAGCUCGCAUCCAAACUGUGUCAAAUUACCACGACGUUCCUGAUAAAAUUUCCUGUGGUAAAAUUUCGGCCUUUGAUUGUUUUGAGAAAGGGAUCCAAUUGGAUAUUCACGGGAGUGCAAAUUAUAGGGAGUUUGAACACCAAGACAUUGAAACAGAUUGUAAAUCAACAUGUUUCAAAUCUCACCGUGAUGACAUUCAUAAAAUUAAAAGCAAGCAGAAAUCUGUAAAAUGGUCAGAAAACUUGUGUGAAGUAUCAACAGUUGUAAAUGAUGAGCAGUAUGAUUCUUACAAGCUGCUGAUGAGUAAAGUGUUGGACAGAAGUCCAUUUCUAAAGUCACCAACAUUUCAGGCAGUAGUGUGGGGACUUGGUAACUCUAGUAACACUGACAAUUGUGUCAGCAUGGCAGCUGUUGUGCUCAGAGUGAAACUCAAUCGUUAUCCAAACACUGAGGAACUGAUGGAUACUUUUGAUAAUCUCACUCAACCCAGCGCAGAUUAUUUCAUCAAGUUAUUUAUUGACAUUUGUCUAACUGCAACUGGUGCUGCUAAUUUAAAUUCUUUACUCAAAGAACUGGGAUUGGAAGAAAAAACUACUCAGACAAAAAUGAGCGAAGGCAAAAAAUCUGAGCACAUGAAGCCCAAUGAAACAGUUACACAUACUCAAGGUUACAAGACAGAAGAAAGUGAUGAUAAUGAUGACCUCUUGCAGACUCAGAAACCAGUAUCAGUGUUGUCUAAACCAGCAUCAGCAUUGUCUAAAGAGCAACAGUUUUUUCAGCUGCGAGCAGAGGCUUUAAAACAUGAACAAACCUAUCUGCAGAAGUCUCUGACAUGUAUGCUGUGUAAUGACAGACGUGUUGACACGCUACUUCUGCCCUGCGGUCAUGUUGUUCUGUGUUCUGUUUGUUCUGAGACAUGUUACACCUGUCCACUGUGCAAGACAAAAGCCCUUGGUGAGGUCAAGACCUUCCUUUGUUGAGAAAUUUUAUUUCUUGCACUGGUCUUAUGGUACAGCUUGACAGCCACUAUUUGUAGCCGUGGCCUAUAGUGCCAGCUGACUCUGUAGCUGGGCUAUUGAUACCAGCUGAUCUUGCAGCUGGCACACUGGUACCAGCUCGUUUGAGAGACAUGCCUUGAACACAUUUAGUUGUUAAGGUACUUUAGAGAACAACUGUAUAACCAGGGAAUUGUGAAACAUGAUCAUAGUUGUGUAUGUUAUGGUUUCUUUUGUUGUCCAAUUUCAAAUUUUUUUUGUUAUUUAUCUGUCAAUUUUAAACUUGAUUUUUGGAUUUCUCUCUUUGAGUAGAAUCAAACUGUUGUGCUGUCUUUUAUGUGAACUCUAACAAUAGUUUCAAAGUAGAAUGUUAAAAUAUAGGGGUUCUUUAAAGUACCUUGCAAUGAUGAACUGAACAUUCUGUAAAAUGUUCGUUGUGUUCAUGAGGCAAUGAUGUCUUUAAAAACCCACUCACCUUGCUAGGUGAGGAGGGGCUAAAAUUUGAAGACAAACCAGCUACAUAAUUGGUCCCUUAGUGGACACUCUGGUGCUAAGAUGUGUUUACAUCUGUUCAUAUGUCAUAUUUAACACUACGUUGUUGAUAUGUAAAACACAAACCUGGGGAAUAUUUUUAAUUUCUUUUAUUGACAAUAGAAUUAAAAAUAGAGAGUAACUGCUGUACAAUUUUUGUAGAUGUAAUUUGUAUAGUGGUUGAGCCCAUAGAGAGUCCUGGUUUUGUAAACUUCAUGCAAGACUCCAUGCUCUCUCUAGCAGUCCCAUGGAACUCUCCUGCCCCUGAGAGUGCUAAUAUCUCUUGUAGGUUGUCUACAGUAAUCCCAGCACCUAGAAAGCAAUCAUUUUGUUUAAGUGCCUGCACCAUUAUACAAGUGCCUGGUGAAAUUGGCAGCAUAGAAUAUAACAAUUGUUACUGGCAUUUAGUUGAUGUUUAUAUAACCUUUAUCUAACUGUGAUAUUUAAUAAUUGAAUUAAUAAAUAUAAAACCAAAUUUC